AUAUCCACGAUCAAGUUCCAACGAUGAAAGCUUCUUCAUAUAUACCCGCAUACGGCCGUACUGCUCGUCACCGUUAUUCCUAGCUCAACUCAACAUGGCUGCCGGUAUGAAGCUUGCUGCCUUCUGCCUCCUCGUCGUCGCCUCUCUCCCGCUUCUCGCGGUCGCCGACUGCGGAUGCGAGGCCUCCACCGACGAAGGCAACGACAAGGGAAGGGCGCUCACGCUCAAGAUCGUCGCCAUCUUCUGCAUCCUCGUCGCGAGCUCCGCGGGCUGCGCCAUCCCCUCUCUCGGCCGGAGGUUCCCGGCGCUCCACCCGGACACCGACCUCUUCGUCGCCGUCAAGGCCUUCGCGGCGGGGGUCAUCCUCGCCACGGCGUUCGUGCACAUCCUCCCGGACGCCUUCGACAAGCUCGGCUCGCCGUGCCUCGUCGACGGGCCGUGGCAGAAGUUCCCGUUCACGGGCCUCAUCACCAUGCUCGCCUCCAUCGCCACGCUCGUCGUCGACACGAUCGCCACGGGCUACUUCCAGCGCGCGCACAGCGCCAAGCCCGUCGCGGCCGUCGGGGACGUCGAGACCUCAGAUCAUGCGCCGCACGGUGGCCACGGGCACGGCCACGCGCACGGUGUCGCGGCCAUGAUGGUGUCGACCUCCAACGACGCCGCCGACGGCGGCACGCAGCUCAUCCGCCACCGCGUCAUCGCGCAGGUUCUCGAGCUGGGGAUCAUAGUGCACUCGGUGAUCAUUGGGAUGUCUGUGGGCGCAUCUGAGAGUCCCAGCACGAUCAGACCGCUUGUAGCAGCGCUGACGUUUCAUCAGUUCUUCGAAGGAAUAGGGCUUGGAGGAUGCAUUGUGCAGGCCAAGUUCCGUCUAAAGUCGGUGCUGACAAUGGCCCUCUUCUUCUCACUCACCACACCUGUCGGCGUGGUGAUCGGCAUCGGGAUCUCCUCCGCCUACGACGAGCACAGCCCCAGGGCCCUCAUCAUCGAAGGGGUCCUCAAUGCCGCGGCGGCUGGCAUCCUAAACUACAUGGCCCUCGUCGACCUUCUCGCCGAAGACUUCAUGAACUCUAGGGUGCAGAACAACGGGAGGCUGCAGGUCAUCGUCAACGUGUCGCUGCUGGUCGGGACGGCGCUCAUGUCCAUGCUUGCUAUAUGGGCGUGAAUAAUACUCAUGCAUGUGUACAGUACUGAUCCAAUUCUGUUUUUUUUUCCUUUUUGGAUUUUUCACCUCCCGUUUGAUCUUGUUACUAUGCGAUCAUCAUCACCUGACAGUUUAUU